UGCGCACUUUUGAUCGACCACGUCAGAGGUAUGUAUUUAACACCGAGUUAGUUAGAUAGAGAGAUCAAAUGUGCAGUACGUUUUAGCAUAACUAUAUGGCACAUAUACUAAAGAAAAGCAAGUUGUGCAAAAAGUACCGAAACAGUGAACAUUUGGAAGUGUAUCCUAAUUCAAAAGGUCGAAGUUCACCUGUAAAGGUCAUAGUGCACUUUGGGUUCAUCUUGAAAUUCCACCCGCAAGCCGAAUACACCAAAUGUGUGUGUGUGUGUUUAUAUACACGAUUACCAAUGAAUCCUGCUCGUCUACAGUAUUGUGCAUAUAUUAUAGUAUCUCUCGCGAGAGGGAAGCGAAAAGUCACAAAAAUGUGUGCGCAACAGUAAAAACGACGUUUGUGUUCGCGUUCACCUGCAAGAAUGCGGAGUGCGCAGAAGGGGUUAAAUACCUGCGGUGGGCGGGGCCUCGCUCCUCUGACACUCAACCAACUGCCGACCUUCGAAACCAACGACGAGAUAAGACGCCAAGCGACAUGGACACAGAUUUCACUCAAGAGUCGGUUUUGCAUUUUCUCCAGAGGAGAGGAGGCUCGGUGAGAAAUGCCGACUUGCUUCUGCACUUCAGGGGCUUCCUCCGGGACCAUGCCGACCAGGUUCGGAACCGCGAACUCUUCAAGAAGUUCGUCAACUGCGUGGCCACGGUCAAGCGGGAGCGCGGGGUCUCGCAUGUCGUUCUCAGGAAGCCGUUCCGGGCUUCCGGGUCGUCCGCCGAACCUCCGCCCGCCGAGGCUGCCUUGAACCCGGCUCGGAGCGAAGAGAAACCCUUUCCCCGAAAGGAGCCGAGAGAACCUGACGGCAAAAGCGUCCUACCGGCGGCUGCUAUCCUACUCGACAACAACAACGGAGACACCGAUUCGAACGUUACGAGAGCGGAAGCGGUUGCGGCUGCGGCUGCGGGUCACGCUCAGAUCUCAGCGAAAAGCCAACCGAGGCCCCGAGGGAUCCCGCAGCAUCCUGCUAUGAGCCAGAGCCAGAGCCAGAGCCUCCCCCAAGGGGGUCCCUCGAAAGCCUCGGUCCAACAUGGAGGAAGCAGCCAGCAGGCGUCACCCCCAGAAACCCCCAAAGGCAACCCGAGUCUGCCUGGUGUCAGCCUUCAUGCUCAGGCACGCCGCCCCAGAUACAGGCACAGCUACAAAACUGCAGUCUCCUGUGAGGAUGAGGAUGAGGACGAGGACGAGGACGAGGACGAUGACGAGGGGCUCAAAAUGGAGCCGAGUACAUCAGGAGGAGUUAGACCCCUCAGCGGUCUCCUUGAAUCCCCAGCUGCCUCCAGCAUAGAUCAGCCCGUUGCCUCGUCAUCACCAGAGAGGGCGCUUCCGAAGAUUUGCGUCCAGACUGACGCGGAGGCGCAGGUGCUCCAUCCCCCCCCCCGCGUGGAGUUUGGAGCCAGGGCUCCAGCUAAGUGGACGCCACGUGGGACCAAGGGUGGUUCCUGUUUCUCCCCCCGGAGAGGCUGUGCCCGCAGAGCCCCGCGUUCCGUCUCCACGUAGCGCCGAGAGGAGGAGAGACGGUACUCGCGGCCUCCGGGUUUUGCCUCGCAGCGCGGACACGGAUGGAGUCCAAAUGAAAGGGCGUGGCUGUCGAGCAGCCACGACAGCAUCUUCUCCUUCUCCCAUCCGUCCGGCAAUGGGUGGGCAGUUACGGAAUCGGGGAGAUGCGGCAACACUGAGAAACAACAUUUGGUAGCAGGUGGUCCUGCCAAUGCCUUUAAAGCUCAGGUCCUCCAACGACACCCUCGGGCAAAACUUGGAUAUAUUCUGCCUCACCCUGACCCGAGGGUCACAGCACCCUGGCAUCACUCCACAGGCAAUCUCCGAGAGAAACGGGCAUCUCCAGCCCGUGGGCCACCAUUGCAACGUCACUCCUCUGACCAUCUUAACCAGCAGUCUGUGUCCAGAGGAGUUUCAUGGCACCAUUCCUCAGGCGAUCUCUACGACGACCACGAAUCGAGUGACCGCUCCGCCUCGUCGCCGGCACCGCGUCGGCGCCCGACGCUCGCCAGCCACAUCAGCAGUAAGUUGAAAGGCAGGAUGUGCCGCAGCAUGGGCGGGGACCUCGACCGACUCCUCCAGGAGGAAGAGGCGGCGGCUCGAAGCGGCGCAGGAGGAAACGAAGCCGCCAGGCGGAGUCGCCUCCGCCGGAUCUCGUCCUCGCUGAGCCUGCCCUACAACCUGUCGUCAUCCUCGCUGUCAUCCUCCUCCGCACCGUCUCGCUGCAACAGCCUCGCCGACUUGGCCGAGGGGCCAGAAGCGACGGGGAAGUGUCCUCCGGUAACUGCUGGUGCUCGUCAUGAAAGCCCCAAUAGGCAGUCACUGGUUCCUCUGGAGCCCAGAGAACACGCCUGGCUGGUGAAAGGGGCAUCGGGGGCUUGGCCGGACAUCUACUCCCUGUUCAGAGAGGACGCCGCUCUUCUCAACAAACGAGACUUCAUCUGCGGCUUCAGUGUUCUGCACUGGAUCGCCAAACACGGCGACCACCGAGUUCUCAACACACUCUGGUACGGUGUUCAAAAGGCCGGUUUGGCGUUUGACAUUAACGCCAGGUCAUCAUGCGGCCAAACGCCACUUCACAUCGCCGCCAUCCACGGCCACAAGAACAUAAUUCGCCUGCUGGUCAACAAAUUCGACGCGGACGUGAAGCUGAGGGACACGGCCGGGAAGAAGCCUUGGCAGUACCUGAGCCGAAGCGCGCCGUCGGACGUCUUCCGCGUGUUGGGAGCGCCGACGCGGAACGCCGGAGGAGGGGAAGCGGGAUUCCCGGUGGGAGAACACCACAGCGAACAGAAGCCGCAUCACCGCCGACGCCAUCGACGACAUCGCCUGUCCUUCGCCUCGCCGGGAGAAAGGCCCGGGACCGCCUCUGGCGCGAAAGUCAAACGCUCGUCAUCGAUCGCGGCGUUCUUAAAGCACAAAUCACUGGCUCGCUUUCAUGGAUACAAGUCCGACACAUAAGUAGUGUGCAAAAUACAUUUUGGGCUUAGGGUUCUUUUUUUUUUUAGCUGUCUCAGCUUGACUGAACAACAGCUUCUCAUCUGCCUCCUUUUUAAUAAUCCCCACAAUUGCGGAAAGCCGUUUGAGCGUAUAGUCGGGAUCCUUGACAUCCAGCUCCAGGUCCGUGGACCAGCAUUGUCUUUUCCCUCACGACGAAGGACAACAAGGCGACCUCAUCGAACGAUGUCAUGCUCGUAAACAGAAUUCCCCACUCCGGUAUGACAUUUCUCCACACUAGUAGAAUAACUUUGGCACGUCAUUAGAGAGGAGAAACUGCACGAGUUGACAUGUGCCCACUGCUUGUGCUCGAUGUCAACUCGUCGAACUUUAUGUCACUAAACCUGUUUGAUAUCCUGUCCUCACUAACAGGACCGCACAACCCUGUUACUAGUUGAUGUGUACUACUAGUGACAUAAGAUUUGAACACUUUUUUAGCGCUUCACUAGUAUCACUAGAUAUUAAGUGUAUCCUAGUCUAUAGAGUUUAACGUGGUCAUCGAGAACAUGGCUCAAACGGCUUUCCGUACACGAUGGCAAGACUUAUUCCUGCUUGGGCUUAUCUAACUGUAAUUCUCACACGAUGAGUCAUUUCCAUUUUUUUAGAUCUCAACGGACAGCAGACAAAUUCAGCGCGAGUCAGGCGACGCGGCUUUGCCGAAGGAAAGCUUGCGCCGCGACGAAGCCUCUUGUCGUUAGUGAUUCAAGCGAGUUUGCACAGCGGACGUGUCGGUGAUGUUCUUCAUGACGAAAUGUCGAUUAUCUUUCAGGCUUUCACUUUCUCUCUCCCCAAGUUACACAAACAUCUGUGAGGACCAACAUGUAAUGUUUGAAAGCAUUCCUAUUUUUAGGACGUCAUCAUUUCAGUUGCUCAACGCGGUGUGCUGAAACCCAUUCGCUAUCUUUCAUUGGGAAAUUCAACCUUUGAAAAUGUGGUGCCUUGCUCUUUCUACCGUUGUUUCCAUUACGGCUCGAUAUUGCGCUUGAGCGGAAACUCCGAUGUGAAGAAUGCUGGGGCCUAUCCCAGUUAACUCCGGGCAAGAGGCGGCCCUGAACCGGUCCGUGCCCGUUUUGGGGAUGUGGGAGGAAACCCAGGCAGGCACGCGGAGAACAUGCAAACUCCACGCACGCGAGGGCGGAUUUGAACCCGCAACCUCAGAACUGUGAGGUGGCUGUGCUAACCAGUCGGCCACCGUGCCCUGGUGUAAAUGUACAUGUGGUCAUUUUCCCCACCGGCACAGAUCGUCUCAGUUUUCGUCUCAACUGUACCGAACAAUAUUUGCAUUGGUCUGUGGCGGGACAAAUGAAUUGAAUGAAAUUAUUAAAGCUUUCUUUUAACCAACUGUAAAAUAUAGCGAGUUAUUGCGUCAUUUCUCAACCAAUAAUAUGAAGGGAAUCGAAUGCAAACGUAGCAACGUGUUGACAGGGAAAGCGAAGGCUGCACAGCGUGUCAUGACAAGUCCUCUGCUGCCAUUUGUUUUGAUGUUCUUUUAAAACGAGUUUAGUUCGAGGCGAAAGAAAAUACUUGAAAGUUGACCUCACUCAGGCCUCCAACAAGAUGUGUUGUCCCAGCUAGUGAAUGUACUCCAUUUUUCAAAAACCGGUUCGUCAUGUUCAAGUGUCUCCAAUGAGCUUUGGGCAUCUGGCAGACAAACUUCUACAAGUGCCUGCGAAGAUUCUUUGCCAAUCCCAAUGCAAACACGAGUUCUGACGCACUUAACUGGAGAGCAUGAAUGUGUUGUUAUCAUUUAGUACAUCUGCAGUACUUGAGAUCAUAAGAUGAAUGAUUUGCUCACAAAAAAAGUGCUUUUCAGUUCUUCUCCAUCGUCCGUCCAUUUUGUAACACUGGAUUGGUGGCCAGUCGCUCACGAAGCACACGUUCUUACAUUCGCACUCACUGCCUGAAAGUCAGCCGCACGAACCACUACACUACCAGUGACCACAAUUUACUAUUAUAAUAUGUAGAAAUACAAAUUAAAAACGUAAUGGACUUCCUUAAAAAAUAUAUAUGUAUUGCAACCAAUAUAAAAUGAUUCGCCGAGCUGGGUUGUUAUUGAAUAAUAAAUUGCAGUCAUUUGUAUAAGACCGAAACCCCGCUCCAAAUAUCGAAAAUCCUUGCACCCCCCAAUUAUAGCUCAAGGUGUUUAAGGUGUAUUACUGCUGGAACACCUGAAAUUCACUUCUCGGGAUCACGAAAGGAUUGUCCUAUUUUAUUACGCCGCUUGUUGACUCAACAAAUGACUCCAGCAAUUGCUUGAAAACGCCACGAGGUCACAGUAUUGUUGUGCAAAUGUCUUCCUGUUCUCUCUCAACGAUGGUCUUUAAAGGGUGAGGUUUUAUUUUAGAGGCGUUAACUUAUCUUGAAUUGUAUGACGAUUACGAAUGGUAGCAUGUUGCGUCUACAGUUAAUGAAUUUCAAUAUAUUACAUGUUACAGUAUUGCAUUAUUUAAUGUGUUUUUGAGCAGUUAAGCAGCACAGAAAAGUUUGCGUUCAAAUUCAAGUCUGAUAUGUGGGUGUUCAUUUGAUUCCGGGCACUUUUGAUUUUCCUUUUCGUCAAACCCACCACACUGUACUAUGUGAUGACGUGAUGGUAAUGACAUUUCAAAGUUUUUAGCUAACUGCUAUGCUGGUAGAGUUAGCUUAGAUUUUUCUUUUAGCUAGCUAGUCCUGUGCAACAUUUUUAUAGAUGAUGAAAUCCCUAAAGUCCUUGCAUACAUUGAGGAACAUUUUCCUUCAACUGUUGGACUAUUUUCUCACACAUUGGUUCACAAAGAGGUGAACCUCGCCCCAUCUUUGCUUGUGAAUGACUGAGCCAUUCAGGGAAGCUCCUUUUCUACCCAAUCAUGGCACCUGUGGGAUGUUCCAAACAAGUGUUUGAGGAGCAUUCCUCAACUUUCGCCGUCUUUUUUGCCACCUGCCUGUCCCGGCUUUUUUGGAACGUGUUGCAGCCAUCAAAUUCUAAGGUCAUGAUUAUUUGCUAAAAACAAUCAAGUUGAUCAGUUGGAACAUGAAAUAUCUUGUCUUUGUAGUGUAUUCAAUGAAAUAUAGGUUGAAGAUGAUUUGCAAAUCAUCAAUCAAUAUUCUGUUUUUAUUUAUGUUACUUACUUUAUUGGAAUUGGGCUUGUACAUCAAGGACACAAAAAGGCCCGUAAUCAAAUCAACACCCAUAUACUAUUUUGAUCCUCCCCUUUCACCUGGUAUCGUUCUUCUUGAACCACACUUUUAUUUGUAAUCUCUCAUAUAUACAGUAUUUUCUGAAGGGGAAAAAAAAGUGUGCUCUGGAAAAGAGGCACCAUUAAAAGCAGUUACAUAGACAUGGAACCAUCCAUCUUUGUACCGCUUCUCCUCACUAGGGUCGCAGGCGUGCUGAGGCCUAGCCCAACAAUUUUCCGCGUGAGAGGCGGGACUCUCAUUUGCCAGCCAAUCGCAGGGCACGCAUAAACAAACAACCAUUCACGCCUCCGGGCAGUUCAUUCUUCAAUCAACCUACCGUGGAUGUUUUUGGGAUGUGGGAGGAAACCGGAGUGGCCGAAGAAAACCCUGCCUGCGUAGGCACGGGGAGAACAUGCGAACUCCACACAGGUGAGGCCGGAUUUGAACCCGGGUCCCCAGAACUGUGAGGCAGAUGUGCUAACCCGUCGGCUACCGUGCCCCCUUACAUAGACUUGAGGCUUGUAACUAAUUUCAAACUCAAGUUUAAAAAAGUAUUGGGAAAAAAAAUAUGCGUUGCAAUCAAUCAAACACAAAACAACCAUUAUAAGUUGUCAUUGUCUUUUUAUUUGCUUGUGCCAUAGGGUGAGUUCAGGUAGCAGGAGCAGUCUCCCGCAGGCCCCUCCAGCAGGUAAAACAGAGCUUUUUGGAGCAAUAAAUGAAAUUCAUUCCAUUUUGUCUGUGUUGAGCUCAGACAGAAGUGCACACAUUUCGGAUGCUUCGUUUUACGGCAAGGUAUCUUAACUUGGAUUUGAAAUCCCUCUGGCCGACGAUAACCAAAUGCAAUCUGGCCCCAUUCUUCAUACACACAUCCAUGUUAGUUUGAUGACAAUAUGUUAGGGAAUAUGCAAUCCUCCAAUGCAAAACUGACUUCUCAAGUUAGCUUGGAUUCUUUUUGAAAGAUGACUUCUAUACAGCAGUUGUCAAACUGUAACGCUUCCGUUAAAGGUGAAUUGCUGCAGUUGUUUCAGUCGUGACGAAAAUAGAUCUCCAUAUAUAUUUGUGUUUGUUUCCUUUAGACAACUCAUUUCAGUUCGAACCCAAAGCCUCAACAUAACACCCUGAGAAACCUUCAUUCAGUUAAUCCCCUCAAAAAGC